AUGGAAACUCGCCUGAAAGAGGAAGAAGUUCUUGCUGUUAGGAUAAAGUAUGGUUUUGAUUUUUGUCAGGUGGUGGAGUUCAUUGGUUCAGGUAGGAAAAAAGCUGAAGAGGCUAACAAGAGGAAGACAUGGAUGUUGCUUGAAGAGGUGAUUAAGUGGGGAGGUGACCAAGUUGUCUGUUUUGGGGAUUUCAACGACAUCAUUGUUGAGCAUGAGAAGGUCGAAGGUGUGAGUAGAACUUCAUCUCGGUUAUCUUGGGGGAGACAAACUCUGGAUUUAUGUCAUCUGAUUGAUUUGGGUUUCACUCAAAGGUUUGAUCCUAUCAAGGUUAGUCAUCUUCCUCGACAUGGUUAUGAUCAUGUUGCUAUCAGAGUUAUCCUGGAAGCAGAUUCCGAGGAACCCGUCAAGAGACGUAAACACAUCUUCAGGUUCGAAGAAGUUUGGUUGAAGGAUUCUAUAUGCGAAGGUCUUAUAGAGCAAUUGUGGAAUGGAGUGAGGCUUCAGGGACAUCAUCACUUUCAAGCUAUGCAUGUGCUUGAUGAACAUUUCAAAGAGUAUAAAAUUGGAUCGGUGACAAAGGAGUUGACAAGGCUUGAGGCGUUGCUGAAGGAGGAUUCCAGAUGGUAUGAAAGUCUCGAGGAAAUCAAAACUCACAAAGCUCUCAAGGCCCAAAGUAACAAACUUAUGAAGAUGAAAGAGAUCAUAUGA